AUGAAAUCAUUACAAGUCAUCAAUCAUAACAAUCAAGUAGAUCAUGAAGUUUAUAGAUUACAUGCCGUUUGUUUACCUCAAUCAGUUCAUUCAUUGAAAUUAAUCUUAAAACAUGCUAAACUUUAUGAAAGACAUCAACCCAUCAAAACAGAUGAUCCUUUAAUCCAAAUCCCACUCAACUUAAUCGACACUUCAUCUAAAAGUUUGACUCCAGUUCUACUUCCACCAAAUCAUCCCUUGGUUCCUCCACUACCACCUACCGAAGUGCCUCUAGAUCAAUCUUCACUACUGGGUUAUCAAUGGCUACCUGAUCCAAUCGAUCCUCCUACUAGACUGAAACAUCUUCCAGCUUCUCCUCUUAUACGUGCUCUUCAAAGGUUUAAUCAAAAUCGAAUCUCAAAUGAACUCUUGACCGAUUUUCCAACCUGGGAAGCUUAUCAUGACUUUUUACUCUUUCAACCUGGUGCAUUCCUUUCAAAGCCUUACACCGAUCUUAUCAAGAAUCAAUCAGAUCAAGACGCCUUUUUUAGAUUGAUUAGUGAAGAAUUUCAAUGUAAUCAUAUCGCUAGGAAAGGAUACAUCGAUCGAGCCGAUCCUAAAAGACAUCCUCAUAUCGAACCUCUUCAUGGUGAUUUUGGCAAAGGAGAAUUCGAUACGACAUUUUGGACAAGCACACGUUUUCCAACCGAUCAUGGUCAUAUCACUUAUGUCUGGGCUCCUACACAAACAAUGUACUGUCGUGGAAACGCAAUUGAGAAACGAAGGAUAGCCAAUCUUCCAAAUGUGAUGGGUAGAAUAGUAGUGGAUCUGUUUUGUGGGAUCGGUUUCUUUACUUUUCCAUAUCUUCUUGCUGGAGCUCAACGUGUGAUUAGUUGUGAAAUUUCAAGUUGGGCUGUAGAAGGACUCAAAAGAGGAGCGAUGGCCAAUAAUGUGCUAAGUUAUGUUGCAGGAUCACCAUCAGAAUUUAAACUUGAUCAAGAGAGUGAAGAUGCUAAAUUAUGGAUUGUACCCUAUCCGAAUGAAAAGGCAGUCGAGAUUUAUAAAGGAAAAGCUACACAUGUCAAUUUAGGUUUAUUACCAAGUUCGAUUGAAUUCUUACCUCAAGCUUUACUUGCACUUCAACCUGAAGGAGGUUGGUUACACAUCCAUGGAGAAGCACGUAGAAAAGAAGAAACCUUUUGGGUGAUUAAAGUUUUAGAUUCGAUUAGAUCGAUUGGAGAGAAUCGUAAAAUCCAUCUAGAAGGAUUACAUAGAGUCAAAUCUAUGGGACCUGUUUUGAUUCAUUGGGUAGCUGAGAUUUGUAUUGGAUCUCCUAUUAGGAAUUCGAAUUAA